UGUAAGAUGAUCCCUGUGCAACUGGGGUAUCAGACAUCCUUAGCAUAGUGGCGCACGCAUUCCUAUCAAAGUCUUUGGACGUCUCCCUCCAGCCUGAACUUAACGCUGUGUUCUUCAGUCAGGAUUCAGUGAGGAGUACACAGCUUAGAGCUCGGUACAUUAGCUGAAGGAGCUAUAAACUACAACAGACUGAGAAACAGCUGAGUGCUUUCAUUGAGGAUUGGUGCUGAAGUGAGUGAGACGCUUUCCGAGAGAGAGAGGAGACUUCCACUUGUUCAAUUUUCUUUAUUUUAAAAGAAAUUUGUUUUAGUCACCUGCGCUGUCUAACUCAAAAUUACAAUUGGUUGAAGCAUUGAGCUGAAGUGGUUGCCCGUUGCUUCCUGAAUUUUAUUAGUUUACUCCGAGAGGUUUGAAGAGAAAAGCUAAAGGAAGGAGUGACAGAGAGGCAGAGGGAAUGGGGGCAAUGGAUUCUCUCUCAGUGGCUCUGCUGUGUGCUGCCCUGGUUCACGCUGGCUGUAGUGGUCAAUCGAGAGGGAUGGAGGGAGGCCGCAGGAGAUUCAGCAGGGUCCAGAACGGAGCGUGCAGCUACACUUUCGUCCUGCCCGAACCCGAGGGGGGCUGUCGCGGGUCUCCCGAGCAGCACAGCAGCAAUUCCCUGCAGCGGGAUGCACCUCAGGAAGAUCAAGAGUGGCCCUCGCAGAAGCUGCAGCAGCUGGAGAGCAGGUCGGACAACAAUACCCAGUGGCUGCGGAAGCUGGAGAAUUACAUUCAGGAGAGCAUGAAGGCGGAGAUGGUUCAGAUCCAGCAAAACACCGUUCAGAACCACACAGCUACCAUUCUGGAAAUUGGCACGAGUCUGCUGAGUCAGUCAGCAGAGCAAACACGCCGACUCACAGAGGUGGAAACACAGGUCUUAAACCAAACCUCAAGGCUCGAAAUUCAACUUUUGGAAAAUUCCUUGUUUACAUACAAGCUGGAGAAACAGCUCCUUCUUCAGACCAAUGAGAUCUACAGAUUACAUGAUAAGAACAGCCUUCUGGAGCAGAAACUUCUGGAAAUGGAAGGCCGGCAUAAAGACGAGAUUGAGGCACUGAGGCAAGAGAAGAGCAGCCUCCAGGACCUGGUCCUCCGCCAGAGCCGCAUCAUCGAUGAGCUGGAGGCAAGACUGAGCCGAGCCACUGUCAACAACACCAGCUGGCAGAAACAACAACGAGAGCUGACAGACAUGGUGCAGAAUCUCCUCAAACUGGUCUCACAAGGAGGAGCUCCAAUGAAAGGCACCAGAGAGGAGAAAUUAUUCCGGGACUGUGCAGAAGCCUAUCAGAGCGGCCACAACAUGAGUGGGGUCUACACCAUUCGCCUCAAUGACAUGUCAGAGCCUAAGAAGGUAUACUGUAACAUGGAGACAGCAGGAGGUGGUUGGAUGGUCAUACAGCACAGAGGAGAUGGCAGUGUGGAUUUUCAUCGAACCUGGAAAGAAUAUAAAAUGGGUUUUGGGAAUCCAUCUGGAGAACACUGGCUAGGCAAUGAGGUCAUCUUUCUUCAUACAAACCAGCGACAGUACUCACUGAGAAUUGAUUUGAGAGACUGGGAGGGAAACCAGGCGUAUUCCUUCUACGAGAAGAUUCAGGUGGCAAGUGAAAAGCAAAACUACAGGCUCUUCCUGAAAGGAUACAGUGGGACGGCGGGCAAGCAGAGCAGUUUGGUUUUGCACGGAGCAGAUUUCAGCACCAAAGACUUGGACCAUGACAAGUGCAUCUGCAAGUGUGCUCAGAUGUUAACAGGAGGCUGGUGGUUUGAUGCUUGUGGACCUUCGAAUCUGAACGGGAUAUAUUACUCCGCGGGACAGAAGCUGGGGAAGCUGAACGGCAUAAAGUGGCAUUACUUCAAAGGCCCGAGUUAUUCCUUACGCACUGUGACCAUGAUGAUACGGCCUUCAGGUUUCUGAACUAAACUGCUCAAACCAAACCCGAUUUACUAACCUGAAACUAGAUCGGGACAAUUCCAGGAGCCACCUUCCUCCAGAACCCUCCUCUCUCUCUCCAUCACCAAGGAUUUGAAAUAGUGAAGAAUUUUGACUUGCUGCACUCCACUUCCCAGCAUGGCCACUCCCACAUUGACCCUUCCUGAUUCUUGUACACUCGUUGAUUUGCCUUUUCUGCGGUUUGCAGGUUUGGUGCUAAUAAGGGGGGCAAGAGGGGGAGAAACUUUUCAUGUAUGAAUUAAUGCAGGACUGCUGAGUAUUAGCGCCAUUAGUGCCGGGACUUUGGAACUCCUGCCAUGUCUCACAGAACCUCGUUGACAGACCUGCUGGUGGCUGGGCUUCCCCCCCACCCCUGCCACUUGCUUGGGCACAGAAGAAGGUUCUUUUCCAGAAGUUCCUUUUGAAAGGCAGGAGAAG